UAGAAAGUGGAUGAUGUUCAUUGAGUGCUCGGUGUUGACAAGUUAUACAAAACGUCAUUACCUGCGAAUUAUCUGACGUUGUAGGGAUGUAUCUCUUUUAAAUGACUUCUAAAUGGACAUUAAAUGAAUCAACUUUGUACAAAAGUGAAUAAAAAUUUCUGUGUUUUCGGCGGAAAAGAAAUCAGUUUUGUUACGUACAAGGAAGCACUUAAAUUUUGCAUUUAUAAAGUAAAAUGUCUAUUCGUUGCUAACAAUAUUGUUCGAUCAGUGUUUUGGUUUGAGAACCCCUAAGUAUUGGAAUAGAACGUUUUCUAUCUCUCUCUCCUAAUCUUAUAUUGAAUAGUGUGCCAAUGUUUUAAGCAGAAAGAAUGAAUCUCUUCGACAAACAGCAAUAAAAAGGACUUCUGUAAAUACUGUGAUUUUCACUGGAAUUUUAUAUGUUGUGAUAUUUGUUUUCAAGGAAUUUGAGAUUUAUUGCAAUACAAUUUAUAUUCGUUAGAGAUAUGAUAGCAUCAUGACAGGGUGUUGUAGUUAUAAGUGUGUGAAGAGGUCGGUCAUCUUCUUUAACGUAUUCUUUUGGUUCACAGGACCUGGCAUGUUAAGCCUGGGGACGUGGUACAUGUUGAAUAUAAAGAUAUAUUCCCCGGUAGUGGACAAAGGAUUGUACAUUAUUCCUGCCUACGUUGUUAUGGCAGCAGGGGUAGCGGUUACUAUGUUUGGGAUCAUCGGGUGUUUAGGUGCCAUCAACGAUAACAGGUGUAUGAUAUCUUUCUUUUUCACUUUUGUAUUGAUUGCAUUUGGGUGUGAAGUCUUCUCAACUGUAAAGUCAUUCUUAGUUUAUGACAAGGUUUCGUCGUCCAUAGAAAUGAGAUUAGAAUAUAGUAUGAAAUACCAGUAUCACUACAACACAGAACAUUCUGAUGUAAUAAACAACAUACAAAGGGAACUGAACUGUUGUGGUCUUCAUAAAUACAGUGACUGGCAAGACUAUCGUUACUAUAGAGAUGAUAGUCUAGCUGUAGCGAGAGGGAGAGAGACAGUUCCAGUCAGCUGUUGCCAAGAUACAGCCGGUACUUUAUGCAAUGUUGGAAAUAAAGUACCACGUGAUUUAACACAGAUAUAUACAAAGGGAUGUCAUACUGCCCUUGAAAACUGGAUACAAAGUAAUAUGCUAAUUUUUGGAUGGACCUGUUUUGCAAUGAGUUCUGUGCAGAUACUUGGGAUGGUAUUAUGCUGUUGUUUUUAUAAAGCUAUGAAAGAUACGAGAAGAUAACACAACGAAACUCAAAACAGUUAAAUCAUCCAUUCUUGUAUAUAAUGUGUUAGGGACAAUAGAGAAAUUUCAUAGAGUGAAAUUGGAAAAUCCUACAUAAUUAUGUAGACCUAUUUUUAUUCAAUGUAUUAACAGAUAUUAUCAUAACUUGGCUUUUAAAAACUACAAAACGUUUAAUAGCAUUAGAAAACAUUAUUCUUAUGUGAUGCUAGGCCAUAGUAAACCGUUGCAGGAUGUUCUAAUUUGUUUCUAUAUAUAUUGUUAAGAGCAAGCUUUGAUCAAGCUCACUCAGUGUAUCAUAACAAAAGCUCUUAUUAAUCAUAUUAUUGACGAGCUUGAGCUUCAACAGUUCAUUUAGAAUAUUCAUUGAGCUUGUUUUAGAUAAUGAAUACACAACUAUUUAAGUGAAACGUUUUUUGUGCGUUUUUUUAUUUUAAAUACCACAAAGUAUAGAACCAAUUUGAAUGUAAAAUUUGAUAUGCGAGAAAAUCACCAUCUACCUAUUAGUAUUUGUCCAAACCAUCUAUCUUAUGUAGAAAAUAUGUAGAUCUUACAUGGCUUGCAUAAUAUUCAUU